AGACUGACACGAAGAAUGGCUAAACACAGAGCUCUGCUGAUCUGCUGCUCGCUGAGCGCCACUCUACUGCUGGUGGGUGCCGUUCCAGCUCCCGCUGUACCGGAUGUGGACUGUGCCAGACGGCAGGAUUUUAAUGCCAUCAAGGGUUGCUGCAGCAUUCCCACCUUUAAUUUUGAGGCAUUCCGCAAGCAGUGCGGCAAGCACAUGCCCGACGGUGGACCACGCGUGUCGCCUUGCCUCUAUGAAUGCAUCUUCAAUGCCACUGGCACACUACGCAACUCGGAGGUGAAUGUUGCCAAUGCACGCAACAUGUUGCAGCGUUUGUUGGGCAACAAUCAGGACUUUCUCGACGUCUACUUGGCUGGCAUGUUGCAGUGCUCCGGCACCGUGGGGGCCAUGGUGAGUGCCAGCAGGCCUCGUCAGGAACAGUGCUCCCCGGUGCCGCUCUACUAUGGCAUUUGCACCACAAAGUACGUCUUCAGCUACUGCCCCUCGUCCAGCUGGUCGGACACGGAGCAGUGCGAAACGGCGCGUCUCCAGAAUAUCAAUUGCCCCACCAUGCGUGCAUCACGUGGUGGUGGUGGCACCACCAGAACCAUUGCAAAAAUUACCAAAUAA